CUUACAACGCCUUGAACGGUUGAGCUGUCUGGUGCUCGUCGUGCUGAGGGACAAACAACGAAACGUUAAAUCGUAUCUUUUGUAAAAACGUCGGAAUCAAGAUCAUUUUGACGGCGUAUAAAUCAUCAAAACACGUCAUCGUGUACAAUCGUGUGCCCUUUUUAAUGUACCUUUGCAUAUAAAGAAAUUAUAGUUUCUGUGUGUCUUUAUUAUUUAAUUGAAAAUUACAUCAAAGAUCGUUGCUUUUGAAGAGUGAAUAUUUGUAGGAGUUUUUCCGACGAUGGGCCGCAGGAAAAAGAGCUCGAAAAAAACCUCGGACUUUUUUCACAAAGCGUGCGAGAAUGAAUCGCCGGGAAAAUCGAAUUCCGAUGAAACAAAGGUCGUAGAACAGAAAGGGAAAAAUCAUCUUAUACUCGAAAGCACGAUUGACGUUUAUGCACGUUUGAAACUGCCACUUGUGCAGUCGACGCAUCAUCGAACGUUAGGUGACAAGGAGAACGAUGACGAGGAUAUUCUCGAGCUGGACUUUUGGCCGCGCUUCGUUUUUGCGUCAAACCUGUGUCUCGUUUGCAUGGAGGGAUCGCAAGUGACCUGCGAGUUUUGCAGCAUGGUUUCCUACUGCAGCGACGAGCACAAGAAGCAAGACUGGCCGAAACAUCGCAACCUGUGCAAAGUUUUGACCGAGGUCUGCGUCAGUGGGGGAGGCUUGUCGUUGCUACCGGAACUUACCCCGGACGAGUAUCGCGUUUACCGGCUGAAGUUGAUCGAGAUCGUCGAAUGCAGUUUAGGUAGACCCCUCGAGCUCUGGGAGAAAGAGAUUAUUCUUUACUCCCGUGUAUGUCGUAGCUGUCGUCUCUUCUCCAAGAUGCUUCGAAGCUGUUCUACGUGCGAGAUCGAGUUGCACUGCGACAAUCACGACGGCAGACACGAGGAAUGGUGUCGAGAGUUUCAGGUUUUUCGCAGAGUGUUGCUUAUGCAGUACGAAAACGGCUAUGUCGACCCUGAAAUACCGGAUACCUUACAGAAAAAUCCGCUCCGUCUCCCGGACAAUUUUGAUUCGUUGAUGGCGCGUCUUUAUGAUAAUUCAACUUAUUAUCGCAGUAUGGAUUGCUACACGUAUUGCAGCCUCUCGCACAUAUCGACCAUUCCGCUGACCGCUCUGUACUCCAUGCAAAUUUCGUGUCAGAACUGGGAAACUGUCGACACUUUUGUUAUCCACGUGAUAGGUGCAGAGUUUCAGUUCGAAUGUAUACAUCUGCACGUGUGGGAGAAGUUCUUCCUGCAUUUAAUUCCAAACUUGAAACGUCUUAGAUUGAUGUUCGUCGGGCCAGAAUUGAGACUGCCGACAGUUCCCUUGAAUCUGCUGGCCGCUGUAAAGAUCUGCACGGCCUGUAAGUCGUUCGAUCGUCACGUGAAUGUUUCGUUUCACCCUGGUAAAUUCUAUCACGAUUUCUGUCGUUCAAAACAGUUCGUAAAACCGAAUCUCGUGUGUCUCUUUAAUCCGGGUCUUUAUCGGCAAACUGGUUUCGAAGGUAGAGAUACAUGGCCAGAAACGAUAAGAGAAUUCUGCAAAACGGGUGUUCCCGUUUGUAUAACAUCUUACACGAAGCAUGAAAUUCCUCGGGAAAUGACGAGGAUAAAAUCAAUCGCCGAUGCGAAGACAAUUUUGGAGCCACGAAGAAAUCCAUAUGCUUCGAUUAAACCCGAUAGAAAUUUCGUCAGCGACGAUACGGCGCCACUAAUUUAUAAAAAUUAUUAUCUCGCUAUUGUGAGAGGGAAAUCGUAAAAAACAUUUGGAAAUGAUGAGGCAACAUGUUGAAAAUGAUUUUCUUGAAUUUUCUUGAAUCUAUAUCGCAUUUAUAUUUUCCGAAUGUUCGCAUCCGACUGCACGUCUUCCUUGAAUAUUUAUGAGAAGAUAUAUUUAUAUAUUGUACAUUUUAUUUUAUAACAUUGCUCCAGCUUUGUAUGUGUUUGCCAAACCUAUAAAGAAAUUUCGAAAAAUGUUCGUCAAUACAAUAAUAAAAAAUACUAAAUUCGAUGUACAUAACGAUAAAAUCAGUUUUUGUUAUUAAACCUUCUUCGAUUUGGAUUAUCAUCUAAGCGACUUAUUCGCACAUACAUAUUUAUGUAUUUACAUAAUUAUUAUAAUAUAAAACUUAUGAGGAACUAUAUUUUAAUCACAUACCGUUAUAAUUUAUACAUGUAGUGACCCACGUGUAAAACUUAACUAUAAGACUAUCAGAAAAUUUUAAGAAAGUUUAAUUUGACAUUAUAUUUAUAUCUUUUUGUUAUGAUAAUAUUAA